AUGAACUACUUGUUCCAGUUGAUAUUUGCUAUUCUAACCAUUUCCUAAGCAAUUACGGUUUACCCAAAUCUUGGAUCUUCAAAAGUAUAGUGGGAAGAGUAAAUAUGGAUGGAUUGUAAAAGUGAAUAACUCAUAGUGCCAACAAAUUGUGAAAAUAAUGAUCAAAAUUGGACUGAAUGUUAUGAAAUACCAGAAUCAGGAUUAUGUUUAAAAGAUAAAUUAAAAAUAUCAAAGCAAUCAACAUACAACCUUAUUUUCACCUUUUAAAAUUUAAGUACUCAAACACCUCAGAUUUUAAUUAAUGAUAAUAAGUACGAGUAAAAAUCAUACCCUAAUAAUUAAAUAGUGAUAAAAACUAAUUUAGAUUCAUAGAAAAUAAAUAUUAAAAUUUUAGGAACGAAUUCUAAAUUAUAAAAGUUUUCUUUGACAACUGAUUGUCAUUUAAAUUGUAAAGAAUGCAAUGCAGAUUUUUAAUGCACAAACUGUGUUGAUCAUUUUUCAAUGAUAAACUAUUAGUGCAUACCUGAUUCUUGCUUUGACACUUUAAGUGGGUUAACCACCUAAAGUGCUUAUAAAGCAAAUUCUUUAAUAGAUAAAUAAGGAAUGUAUUAAGUGACAGUUGACUUUGAUGUCAAUUUAGGCUAAUGUUUAAUCCCUAAGGUUUAUAUUACACAGGAAAUAAAAUCUAAUUCAAUAAGAUAUGUUUUGCCAGCCAAUUAAAUCUCACUCAAUAAUGAGAAAUAAUUGUCAUUGCAUCUGGAUUAAGAUUAAAUUAAUUAGUAUUGUAAAAUAAUGGUUGAAGAUAAAACAAAGAUUAUUCGUCAAUGCUCUUUAAGCAUAGCAUUAACUACUGCUCAAAUCGCUCAAUAUAAUUUAUUACUUUUAGGUGACAUCACUACCAAUUUAGAAACAUCUGCAUCCAUUUCUACAACUCAAAUAAUUACUAUUCCUGAAGAUGGUAACAUAGAAUUAGAAGUUAUUAAUGAAAUAACAAAAGGGUAAGUCAACAAUAAUUUAUUAACUAUCACUUAAACUAUAUAUAAUGAGGAUAUAAAAAUUGACAAUGUACUGUUGAAGUAGGCUUAUCUUGAAUAAAAUGGAUAGGCUUAUGAUAGUUUGGAUUUUAUGCUCUCAUUUAUCAGAGAUUAAUAGAUUACUUAUAAAUUCAAAAUCAAACAAACCAACAUCUAAUUUGACGAACAAAUUAAUUUGGUUCUAUCAUCUGAUUUGCUUGCAUCAAGGAGAGUUCUAAAUUAAGAUAGGUCUUAAUUGAAAAUCUAGUAUAAGGCAACGAAUACAAUAAAAUUUUUACCAAAUGAAUUAUCUUAAUUGAAUUCAAAUUCAAAUACGAACUUUAAAGCAAAUUAUCUAAUUUAUGGAAUUACAAUAUUUUUAGUUUUAUCGUUACUUAUUACUAUUGCAUGGCAUAAUAAAAGCAAAAAGAAUCAUUAUGUAAUUGGAGAAGAAGUGAACUAAAAAAAUAUUUGA